GAGAGUAGGGUCUGGGUACGAUAAUGGGUUUGCUUUAUGAGACUUUUCCUCAGUCUCCUAUACUCGGCUUCGCGCAACAGCUGUUCUCAGGAAUCCUAAAGUAUCAUUACGUAGAGUACAAACUCUCUCUAAGUUUUAUCUCUCGACCUGUGUCACUUCUUACUUCAAAUCAGGGAAUCAUUCUAAUAUUAUUUGAGGGCUCAGGUGUUUGUUCACAUUCAUAUAGAGUUUUCAACGUAUAAUGGAUGAUUUGUUAUCCCAGUUAUUCCUCUUCCAUUACUCAAGAGACGAGUAUCGCGAGGCAAUUGAAUAUGCUGAACGGAGACUUACCAAUGCUAAAAGUGUUGGUGACAAAAAAGAAGAAGCAAUUGCCAAUGGAAACUUAGGAAUAGCCUAUGAAAUGUUAUCGGAGUACCAAAUGGCAAUUGAAUAUCUUAAUGAAAGCCUUACAAUUGCUGAAGAGAUUGAAGAUAAAGAGGAAAAAUUACGAGCUUACGGAAACCUAGGAAAGACCUAUUGCUCAAAAGGAGACUUUCAAACGGCAAUAACAUAUCUUAAUAACAGUAUUGACAUUGCKAAAGAUAUUGGUGACAAGAGAAUUGAGGGGUUUUGUUACAGAAGCUUAGGAAAUACCUAUAAUCAAAAAGGCGAAUUUAACAAGUCAAUUGAGUAUCAUCAAAAGAGCCUUGGCAUUGCUCAAGAGAUGGGUGAUAAGGAAGAACAAGGAAAUGCUUAUGGUAACUUAGGAGUUAAUCAUCGAUCAUUAGGAGAAUAUCACACGGCAAUUGAAUUUCACACUAAAAGCCUUGGCAUUGCUAUAGAGAUGAAAAAUAAGCAUUCAGAGGCAAAUGGUUACGGAAACUUAGCAAGUUGCUAUUCCUCAUUGGCGGAAUUUCGCAAGGCCAUUGAAUUGCAUGAGAAGAGCCUUAGUAUUACUAAGAGUAUAGGAAACAGGGCGGGAGAAGCWAUGGCUUGUGGAAACUUAGGUUCUGUGUAUGAGUUAUUAGGUGAAUAUCACGAGGCAUAUGCAUGUCACGAAGAGAGCCUUAAAAUUGCUAAAGAGAUUGGUGACAAGAAGAGAGAGGAGAAUGCUUACGGAAACAUAGCAAAUAUCUACGACUUGACUGGAAACUAUAGCAAGGCCAUUGAAUACAAUAACAMGAAACUUGCCAUUGCUGAAAACAUUGGUGACAGAGAGGGAGAAGGAAUUGCCUCUGCAAACUUGGGGAGUGCGUACCAAGCAUUAGGAAGAUAUGAGGAAGCAAUUAAACAUCUUGAAAAAAGCCGUAGCAUUUUUCAUGAAAUCGGGGACAAAGAAGCGGAAGGAUCUUGUUAUGGGGGCAUAGGAAAUGUCCAUCAAGCAUUAGGAAACCAUGAAAUGUCAUUUGAAUGUUAUGAAAAGGAGCUUAAAAUUGCUGAUCAGAUUGGUAGCGAACAGAAGAAAGGACAUGUGUACGGAAACUUAGGAAUUGUCUAUAGCUCAUUAGGUGACUUUGAAAGGUCUUUGGAAUACCAGAAUAUGAGUCUUAAGAUUGCCUUAGAGAUUGGUGACAGAAGAAAGGAAGGACUUGUUCAUCGAAAUAUCGGAUCUUUAUACUACCGAUCCGAUUGUGGAUUUAAAGACCUCAGUAAAGCUGAAGAACACUUUCAAAAGAGUGUUGAAUGCUACGAGCAACUGUUUGAUGACCUUAAAGAAAAAGACCAGYUCAAGAUUUCUUUCGUUGAUACUUAUGCUAUAACCAUCAAGUAUCUUACCGAAAUUCGAGUUCAGACUGGGAAGCCAGAAGAAGCUCUACUGGUAUGUGAACGUGGAAGAGCUCGCGCUUUGAGGGACAUUCUAAGCGUAAAAUACAAAACAACUGAGAUGCCUGUAUCAAAGCAGAAAUUGCUUAAACAUGAUGACUUGAAAACGCUUUCGGCAAGCAAUGAAAGCUGUAUUCUCUUUUAUGAUCUUCAUCGUAAUAAUAUGGCUACACGAUUAUGGGUCAUAGCUCCGGAAUCGAACCCACUCUACAUUCAAAAUGAAGCUGUUGAAACGGAAAUCUUUGACGAUGAAGUGAUAAAGAAAUAUCUCCAUUAUCUUGUGAAAAAGAGCUUUGAAGACAUGAAUGUUAGAGAUCAGGGACUGAUUUGUGAGGACCGGUCACAAGGCCCGCUAARGUGUGAAGUUGUAGACCCUAUUUCAGCUGCAACCUUUCCGCAACUUUUGAGAAAUACAAUUGGAGUAGAAGACGAAUUCAAUGACAAGCCUCCAUUGGAAAUGCUGUUUGAUAGUUUAGUGUCGCCAGUGCUGGACGUGGUUACUCAGGAUGAGAUUGUCGUGAUUCCUGAUGGCCCUCUAUUCACGGUACCAUUCGCUGCAUUGGAAGUUCCUAAUACAGGAAAGUUUCUAAGUGAAAUUAAACGCAUUCGCCUGGCUCCCUCACUAACGACUUUGAAAAUUCUACAAGAAUCUUCAGAUGAUCAUUUUUACAAGUCAGGUGCCCUGAUUAUUGGAGAUCCUUUUGUCGGAGAGGUCAUGUACAAAGGAAAAAACAGAAAAGAUAUUCAUCCUUUGCCUGGUGCAAGAGAUGAAGCAUUACAGAUAGGUGAACUCCUUGAAGUACAACCAUUGAUAGGAAAGCAGGCAACAAAAGAAGAAGUCUUAAGCAAAUUGCAAGAAGGCGUUUCUGUUAUCCAUUUUGCAGCCCAUGGUAGUGCUGAAAGCGGUGAGAUUUUCCUUGCUCCCUCUCAGCCGACAACAAAAAGCACCAUUCCAGAGGAGAAAGACUACAUGUUGACAAUGAAAGAAGUACAAGACAGUGGAAUUCGUGCCCAACUCGUAGUACUCAGUUGUUGUCACAGUGGUCGAGGAGAGAUCAAGUCAGAAGGAAUCGUGGGAAUGACUCGAGCAUUUCUUGCAGCAGGAGCCCGUGCUGUUGUCGCGUCAUUGUGGGCCAUUGCUGACCAAGCUACUAGGUUCUUUAUGGUGAAAUUCUAUUCACAUCUAAAGAAAGGAGAGAGUGCUGGUAGGAGCCUACAGCAAGCAAUGAAGGAGAUGAGAGAAACAGAGAUGUACAAGGAACCAAAGUACUGGGCUGCCUUCUUCCUCAUUGGAGAUGACGUCACAAUCACUAUGUAAAUAGCAUUGGCUACUAGUAUAAAUACAACCUGCACUGUUUUGUCAUUAUGUAUAGUUUAAAACACUCGAGAUCGUGUUUUAUCAGGUAUAAAGAUUC